CUGUUAGAAUACACACACAAACGCAUACACUUCAACAGCUGAGAUUAGUGUUGGAAAGAGGGUCAGGCAACUUAUCGAUAACUCCGCUCUCUCGCUCACGAGAGCGAGCGAGAUAAAAGCAGUGCACAUAUGCACUACGCAUUUUGUUUUCAAUGCCCAAUUUUGCGUAUUGCAGCUAGCCAAUUGAUUGGCCUUCAUGUGUUAAAUACUCUUGUCAAUGCGAAAUCUCAUUUCCAAUAGACUAGACAAAAGAAACGGUCACUUUAAGUGGCAGAGAGCGAAAACAAAGUAACCUACCGCCCGAGAGUGAGCGAGAGAGCAGGCGACGACUUUCCAGUCAGCUGCCUAUAAAUACCAGCGUGGGGCUGCGAAACGAAUCAUAAACUGUGAAAAAGUCGUAGAGAGCGGACGUCCGAGCAAGUAAAAUAAAAGCAAGUUUUUGAAUAUUUCAAAAAGUGCAGACCAACAGUAAAGAAAUAAAUUAACUUUUGUGUGCGAAACAAGAAAAUAAGGCAAUAUGCAAAUUUUCGUUAAGACCCUCACUGGCAAGACCAUCACUUUGGAGGUUGAGCCAUCCGAUACCAUUGAGAACGUUAAGGCCAAGAUCCAGGACAAGGAGGGAAUCCCCCCAGAUCAGCAGCGUUUGAUCUUCGCCGGAAAGCAGCUGGAGGACGGACGCACUCUGUCCGACUACAACAUCCAGAAGGAGUCGACCCUUCACUUGGUCCUGCGUCUGCGUGGUGGCAUGCAGAUCUUUGUGAAGACCCUCACUGGCAAGACCAUCACUUUGGAGGUCGAGCCAUCCGAUACCAUUGAGAACGUUAAGGCAAAGAUCCAGGACAAGGAGGGAAUCCCCCCAGAUCAGCAGCGUUUGAUCUUCGCCGGAAAGCAGCUGGAGGACGGACGCACUCUGUCCGACUACAACAUCCAGAAGGAGUCGACCCUUCACUUGGUCCUGCGUCUGCGUGGUGGCAUGCAGAUCUUUGUUAAGACCCUCACUGGCAAGACCAUCACCUUGGAGGUCGAGCCAUCCGAUACCAUUGAGAACGUUAAGGCCAAGAUCCAGGACAAGGAGGGAAUCCCCCCAGAUCAGCAGCGUUUGAUUUUCGCCGGAAAGCAGCUGGAGGACGGACGCACUCUGUCCGACUACAACAUCCAGAAGGAGUCGACCCUUCACUUGGUCUUGCGUCUGCGUGGUGGCAUGCAGAUCUUCGUUAAGACCCUCACUGGCAAGACCAUCACCUUGGAGGUCGAGCCAUCCGAUACCAUUGAGAACGUUAAGGCCAAGAUCCAGGACAAGGAGGGAAUCCCCCCAGAUCAGCAGCGUUUGAUUUUCGCCGGAAAGCAGCUGGAGGACGGACGCACUUUGUCCGACUACAACAUCCAGAAGGAGUCGACCCUUCACUUGGUCUUGCGUCUGCGUGGUGGCAUGCAGAUCUUCGUUAAGACCCUCACUGGCAAGACCAUCACCUUGGAGGUCGAGCCAUCCGAUACCAUUGAGAACGUUAAGGCCAAGAUCCAGGACAAGGAGGGAAUCCCCCCAGAUCAGCAGCGUUUGAUUUUCGCCGGAAAGCAGCUGGAGGACGGACGUACUCUGUCCGACUACAACAUCCAGAAGGAGUCGACUCUUCACUUGGUCCUGCGUCUGCGUGGUGGCAUGCAGAUCUUCGUUAAGACCCUCACUGGCAAGACCAUCACUUUGGAGGUCGAGCCAUCCGAUACCAUUGAGAACGUUAAGGCCAAGAUCCAGGACAAGGAGGGAAUCCCCCCAGAUCAGCAGCGUUUGAUUUUCGCCGGAAAGCAGCUGGAGGACGGACGCACUCUGUCCGACUACAACAUCCAGAAGGAGUCGACCCUUCACUUGGUCUUGCGUCUGCGUGGUGGCAUGCAGAUCUUCGUUAAGACCCUCACUGGCAAGACCAUCACCUUGGAGGUCGAGCCAUCCGAUACCAUUGAGAACGUUAAGGCCAAGAUCCAGGACAAGGAGGGAAUCCCCCCAGAUCAGCAGCGUUUGAUUUUCGCCGGAAAGCAGCUCGAGGACGGACGCACUCUGUCCGACUACAACAUCCAGAAGGAGUCGACCCUUCACUUGGUCCUGCGUCUGCGUGGUGGCGCCAUCUAGAUUUUUUCACCCUUAUAAAAAUUGAAGUUAGUUAGUUGUGCCACAGGGCAUAACUCAAGAAUUCAUACUAAGUUUUAGUAAAUUGGUUUAUUCAAAGGCACAAAAUAAUCAAUCACAAUAAUUAUUGGUAUUCGAAGAAUAAAAUUUUCAAUUUGUGUGUUCAAUGUAAUACUCUAUGUAGUUUUUAUCUGUGUUUCCCAGGGUUUUUAAUUUUGUGGGGGAUUCUUGAUAGAAAGUUGCAAUAAACAUUGGAUGGCGUUGGAGUGGU